AGCACGCGUCAUGUCGCGCUCUCCCUCUCCCGUUAUCCGUCGCGCGACCAGGACUUACGGUCGACGACGAGACACGUCUGAGCAUGAUAUCUCCUUCGACGUCGGCAACACGAGCAUCGAAUCACGCGAAGACUCCCUUUCUUCCACAUCUCUACCUCUGGACCAUGAACUCCCACCAAGCUCUGACGACUUGGACGCGUCGAACACGUCGUAUGUUAGCGCACGCGCGGAAGACGCCGACGACAGCGACAACGAGAGCCCUGAUGAGGGCGCAGGACGUUUCCAGUUCGCCUGGCGCGCUGGACUGAACAAGAUUGAUGCAGACGAGUAUGAGCCGUCCCCACACCCUACUGCACAGGAUCCCCUCGGGGAGACAUCUCAAGGCAUACCGAGGGUGCCCACCCGACCAGCGUCUCCCACCGAUCAGGCGGCCCAGGACGCCUUCGGUGGCACGCUAUCCUCAUUGACUGCCACUACACAAUCUUCCUCCCUGAUCAUCCAUAAACGCGCCCCUCGCAGGCUGGAGGCUCUUCCCCCCUCAGAACCAGAGUCUGACGCGGACCUUCGCGUCUCUACUCCCCAAACAUCUCCGCGUCACCCCAUAAACACACCUCAAACACGCUCCUCUCCUACACCGCCUACAUCCAUCGAGAUGUCAUCUCACAAAGGGAAAGGAAAACAGAGAGAAGCCAGCUCCUUGACCUUGUCUGUAGAGAGCGCGGACGACUUGCCAUCAAAUGCGAAGCCCGCCACUGGUAAGCGCCAGAAGAAACCCAAGGCUUCUGGUGCUACGAAGCGCGUUAAGGCGCCGACAAAGAAAGAGCAAAUCGAGACACGGAAGGCCACGGCACGCAUAACAGCGCAACAAACCGUAGCCAUUCAGCCCGCGCAGCAGAGCAAAUAUCCUCUUUCAGAGUUCUUGCAACGCCUUCAGCCAACCGUGGUCGCGACACUUCCCUCGCGGUCCAAAUCACGCUCAUACUCGCCUGCCGCUCCUUUGCCCUCCGAUCCCAUCCAGGCAUUUUCUUCUUCUCCAGCAGCGGACAGACACAGUCCACGUCCGACUGCUUCCUCUUCUAAAGGUUCCCAACGCGAGUUCCAGCCUACUGGUCUACUCGGAGGGAGCGCGGCGUACUCCGAGUCGUCGUCAGAAGAGGAGUUCCCUGACGCGGCACAACUGUACCAGGAAAAGGAGAAGGCGCGGAAAGCGGAGGAGAACAAACGGCGAGCUCAAGAACUGAAGGCAAAGGUGGUGGCCCAGCAGUCCCAACCGGUGUCCGACAGUGAAGAUGAUCUGCUCAUCGAGGACGACCCGAAGAACGUCGCACGCGAUGAGGCGCAGAGUCGGCGUGGGUUGACGGCGAAGGGCGUCCUCCCGUCUCGUAGCCGCCAGAAGCAUCUUACGCUUGCUCGCACUGGUCCCCGCGAAAGCAAAGUGUUCCUUAUGGACGAGGAAGACACGCGUCAUCUCUUGGAGACCAACGCCACGCCGAGCUUCUUGGCUCCUCAAACGAAAGGGAAGGGUAAACCAGUGCAGAUGGAUCCCAAGACUUUGAACAUGAUACUCCUGGCUCAGGACGACAAGGUGAAGGUGCGGACCAUCAAGGAGAAAGAGGAGGACUACAAGCGUCGGGGCGGGAGAAUCAAGGAGCGCCCCGAUGGGAACGCGGCUGUGCCUAACCCUCAGGAAGCUCUUCAGCGCAUCGUGGAGAGAGGUCGGGCAGUAAACGUUCAAGAUACGGAUGUCGAGAUGAUCCAAGACAGCGGCAGCGACGAGGAGUACCAGCCUGAAGAUGUGGCGGGACGCGAUGGGUCUGAGGACUCCGAAGAGGAGAACGACGAAGACGGCGAGAACGCCCCUCCCUUACGCGCAGACCUUGGCGAACAGGCAGAUGACGAGGAUGAUGACAACCCUUUCCUCGCCCCGCGCCCACAUCGCCCCGUAGCCCGAAGAGCAGCAGUAGCUGUUUUGUCGGACGACGAGGAAGACUCCGAGAACCGCCCACCCCCAAGCCGCAUUCUCGUGCGAGAUUCCUUGUUCGCGCGCCCGUCCCACUCUCCUCAAGCUGGUGGCGAUGUAGAAGAAGACCCGUCUCUCGCGCGCCGUCGGUCCAUGUCCUCCUUAGGCGACCAAACGGAGGACGGCACGGACAAGGAAAACGACGUCCGUCUGAGCUUCGACCGUGGUGACGACAAGGAGAACACGGUGAUCGCUGUGCAGUCUCCAGGGCUUUCUCUCUCCUCGACCCGUGGGUUCGGCUCGCUCUUCGCUGCUGAACUGCAGGCGUCACCUCUGGCAGCAAGCAGGAGUAUCACCGACGGCGUGCGCUCGCCUCUGAAGGAGCUGCCGGCGGAUGAGGAAGAUGAGGACCCGUUCAUGUUCAGUCCCGGUCCUCUCCGUCUGAGCAACUCUACGCCCGGGCACGCCGUGGCGCGUGAGGGAUCGCCCAUGGAUCUGAACUUGAGCGGUGGGGGCGGCUUGCAGGAGGCAUUCUCGCUAAGCGGGAAGGGCAAAGAGCGGGCGCCUUCCCCUAGCCCACUACCCUUGGCAGAGGCGCUCCCCAUUGGUGCCGGCGGCUUCUCGCAAUUCUUCACCCAGGAAGGGGGUGGUGGCUUCGAGAAACUGAAGGCCGCCCAACGCGACGACGACAUCUCCUUGACGCUGGAACCUGGAAUGCAGCCUGUACUUGAGGUCGACCAAAGCCUCGCCAAGAAAGCAGACGAGAUCUUCGAGAAGGAGCAGGAGCUCGCUGUGAAAGAGCAGCUGGUGGUGCGCAAGGAGCCGACUCCGGAAAUGUUCGUGGACGAGAACGGUUUCUUGACACAGACACGUCCAGAACUCAGGACCCCGAUGAGUAUGAUGACACCCAGCCAGCCUGUGACGAACCUACGUCUGUCCUCGCCCGCAACACUGCUGGCGUCCGUGCGGAAGCCGCUCGCGCCCUUGCUGACGCAGGGUCCCGACGAUGACGAUGACGACCUGCCGCGACGGCGGUUGAAGAAGCGUGACAGGACGCCGCCCCCGCAGGCGAGCUCCUCCCGGCCAAAGAACGCGUUCGAGGUCCUCGGCCGCCGCUCGCCAUCGCCCAAAGCGAAGCGGCCCGCCAAGUCGGCCUACAUCGAGGGUGAGGCGGAGGAGUCGGACGAGGAUGCGGCGUUUGGUUUCGGGGGCAAGAGGCAGGACGACGAUGAGGAGGACAGUGACGACGAUGCGCAGGACCAGCCGCUCCCUGGCCUGGUUGAUGACAAGGAGAUGGACGACCAGACUCUGGCACAGCAGGCCGUCCUCGAGAAGCAUCGUGAACACGAGGAGCUGGAUGAUAAGGCGAGGGAGAAGGCAGCCCGGGACGCUGCGACAGGCAAGCUCCGCGUCAAGCGCAGGGAUCGCGGCAUCGGCUUCGAGGACAGCGACUCCGAUGAAGGCUCGGACGACGGCAGGAGAGCUCGGCCAGCGAACAAGAAGCCGCGCCUGAAUGAUAGCAUCGCUGCUUUGUCGAAGGACAAGGAGACCGCGCCGUUCGCAUUGGAGUACAGUGCCAACGUGGAUGACGAUGAUAAUGAGUUCGCCUAUCUGAAGCAAGACGACAUGGAGAUGGACGUCCAGGAGCCUGAGGAGGAGGAAGAGGAGCCGCGUGAGGUCAUCAGUCACGCCCAACUUCGUGAGGAGAUGCUGCAGCGGGCCAGGGAAAACGAGGCCGCUCCUGUGUUCAACCCUCACGAUGUCUCCCGCUGGGACGACGGGAGCGAAGAUGAGAUGGACAGCGACGUACGCGUGAGAGAGGUCUCCCUCGACCAGCGGCGCGACGCCGGACGUCUCGGUACAAAUAACGAUGCUGACGAGCCUAACCGAAGGGAGGCCAUGGGGGAGGUGGACCGUCGGAGGAUGGCGAAGUGGGUCAAGGCGGAGAGCGGGUCGCGCGCGGCCGGCAUCCUGGGCCGCUCUUCAGGCGGCUCCGCCGCAGUUACCGGCCACGGCAAGGCGAAGGCAAGCAAUGGUUCCUUCAAGGAACCGCGUGCGCCAGCGUCGUCAAGCGCCAGCACUGGCGGGAGGUCGAAGGUCGCGAAGGCGCCGAGCGUGCUGUCCGCGGUCUCCAGCAGGCGUGCCAAGUUUGCGAACUAGGCGUUCAGAGUAUGAGGCUUUUUGGCUCGGUGCCAGUCUAUGUCGAUAUGUAUUUUUGUAUGCCGCUCAGUUGUAAGCUUUCGCACAUGUACUACUCUGUUUCGUGUUAUAAUUAGGUUGAUUUUGG